CGCACAAGACGCAAUAAAUCUGAUGAUGUUGAGCAAAGAGCAGAGGAACGUUCAGGUACAUUAUAAAAUGUUUAUAUCUACCUCCAUGGAGACUGAACCAGUCUUUAACUUGCCGCGUUACCCUCCUACAGUCUGAUAAGAGCCGACAUGUUCGGUUCCAGUUUGGUGUUACAUUCUCUGCAACACUGCCUUUGCUACAUGUCUACUAUCUCUUCUCCUCUAUUUGGGAAAUUUAACAGUUCCUCUAAAAUGAAUGAGUGGCAUACCUCGUGAUAUAACUCUGUUACUCUCUUACAUAAUUAAUAGCGCUCAUUGGGAAGGAGUAAGGCAAGUUAACACCCACACAGGUACUAGCUGCAAUCCUGCCACUUUUGAUAGCUAAUGGAUGCAGGCCAAAAUCUACCUGGCUUUCUCAGUGUUAGUGUAGGGUGAGGUUAAAGGGUGGGUUAGGGAUAAUAUAGGGUUAAGGCUAGGGUAGUGUACUGUUAGAAUGAAUGUAGAGUUAACAGGGUUGGUGCAGGAUAACGGGUGGUAUAGGCAGUGGCAUAACAUGGAUUGUCAGCACCUGUGGCAAGGCAUGUAUUGCACCCUCUAACCCUAGUCUAUACACAUUACUUUAGGCGUGAGGUGGAUUUUAAAAAUGACGCAACAUAUCUAUCAGUGCCACACACACAUCAUGGAGAUGAGGCGGGCAGGGAAGAGGAGUGAGAAUAUCUAGGCGCCCGUUACUGGCAUACUUUUAUGAUAGCAUGUAAUGGGCAUUUACAUAAUGCCUAUUAAAGAGUGAUUUCUGGUGUUAUCUUUAAACAGGAAAUCACGUUAUUAAUAGGCAUUAUGUAAUUCACCGAUAAGAACUGCAGAAGGACAGUAUGGCUGUGAUUAACAAGAAAACUACUGUAAAAUGUGAUGUAGUGAUGUUUAUUUGCCCUGUCAUGCUGAAAAACUGUAUAAUGUUUUAACAUUGGGAGAUUUUCUGGGUGAUUGGGAGGGCGCGCUAUUUUUUAAAAUGUAUUACUACUCCUUUCUUUUUUUUCUUUUGAACUUUAGGACCCCAAAGAAUUUUGCGCCCAGGGCAAGCGGCCCUGUGGCCCAGCCCACGCUACACCCGUGACUAUCGGGUUUGUGUAGCAAAAAUUACUUUAGAUCCUAGAUUGAUGCUUUUUGUGUCAACAAAAGUAGCUUACGUACAUUUUUUUAUUUAAUUUAACUUGGACAGAAUAGUACCAGCUGCCAGCAUUUCUAAUUUACGUUUUGUCUUAUUACUAAUUUUCCAGUAACUUCCAAGACCUCAGUUGCUCUUGAAGGUGACCCAAGUGCCCAUGCAGACAAUGGGAAUUUAACUGCACUGCAAAAACAGCUCGAAAUUGAGCUUAAGGUGAAGCGAGGUGCAGAGAAUAUGUUCCUGGCAUAUUCCAAAGGCCCUCCAGAAAACCUUAAAUAUCUUGAGGCAUUGCAGGAGAAGCUUGAAGACAUCGAGAAUGAGAUAGAACGUUUGCAGGCACUGAUUGACCAAGAAAACUUUAUUAAUAAAGAUGAAACAACUGCACCAGUUCCAGAAACUGAUGUCACUGAUGUAACAUUGGAGACACCUCCUAUUCCAUCUCCAACACCUUCACAUGGUGAUCAACAUCAGUCUUCAGGACACACUGAGAGAACGGAUAUAUCGGCUCAGGUAAAGCUAUAUGCUUUUUUUUUUUCUUUUCCCCACACAUUCACACAAACCUCGUCCACCAUCACACCCAUGGUUUUUGUUUGUAAUUCUUCAUUUGCCGCUCGUAAACAAUGACUACUUAUAAUGAUCUGGAGUCAAACGUAUAAUGAGUACAGCCAGAGCCCAAUAUGUAAAAUGUACAUUUUAUUUUGUAGGUAGUUUAAUUCUUCAAUUUGUCCUGAAGCAGGAGUUUUAAUAACUAUAGGCGCUGCCUCUAAAAUCACCACCACUUUAUCACUCCAUCCACUGUUUCUUCUUCAUAACUCUCCCACAUCCAUUGCUUCUCCAGUUAUUUACCAACUUACCCUGCUUCCUCUUCGUUUUUCUGCUAUUCCCGACUUCAUGUAUUUAUUAAUCAAUAUGUUUCAGACCCAUCAUUACAAUCCCAUGGACCAAAGGCCACAAUUGUCAUUGUGGGGAGGGGGGAUUACUGAAUUUAAUUUAUGGUGUAUGUAUUUUUUUUUCUAGGUUGAAACAACUGCACUAGUUCCAGAAACUGAUGUCACUGAUAUAACAAUGGAGAUGCUUCCUAUUCCAUCUCCAACACCUUCACAUGGUGAUAAACAUCAGUCUUCAGGACACACUGAGAGAAAGGAUAUACUGGCUCAGGUAAAGCUAUACGCUUCUUUUUUUGUUUUGUUCUUUUCCCCACACAUUCACGCAAACCUCGUCAUUAAAGAAAAUUUAGAUAACUGAAGUCCUGAUAAUUCCUGGCAAAUGAUUUGUGCGAUAUUGUGAAAAACGUAAACACACUCGCUUCUUCGUCCACUAUCACACCCAUUGUUUUUGUUUUUAAUUCUUCAUUUGCCGCUCGUAAACAUUGUCGACUUAUAGUAAUCUGGAGUCAAACGUACAAUCAGUACAGCCAGAGCCCAAUAUGUAAAAUGUACAUUUUAUUUUUGUAGGUAGCUUAAUUCUUCAAUUUGUCCUGAAGCAUCAGAUACAAGAGUUUUAAUAACUUUAGGCGCUGCCUCUAAAAUCACUACCACUUUAUCACUCCAUCCAGUGUUUCUUCUUCAUAAUUCUCCCACACCCAUUGCUUCUCCAGUUAUUUUCCAACAUACCCUGCUUCUUCUUCGUUUGUCUGCUAUUCCCGACUUCAUUUAUUUAUGAAUCAAUGUUUCAGACCCACCAUUACAAUCCCAUGGACCAAAGGCCACAAUGGUCAUUGGGGGAGAGGGGGUGGGGGGAAUUUAAUUUAUGGUGUAUGUCUUUUUUUUCUAGGGUGAAACAACUGCAUCAGUUCCAGAAACUGAUGUCACUGAUGUAACAUUGGAGACACCUCCUAUUCCAUCUCCAACACCUUCACAUGGUGAUAAACAUCCGUCUUCAGGACACACUGAGAGAAUGGAUAUACUGGCUCAGGUAAAGUUAUACGCUUCUUUUUUUGUUUUGUUCUUUUCCCCACACCUUCACGCAAACCUCAUCCACUAUCACACCCAUGGUUUUUGAUUGUUAUUCUUCAUUUGCUGCUUGUAAACAAUGUCGACUUAUAAUGAUCUGGAGUCAAACGUAUAAUCAGUACAGCCAGAGCCUAAUAUGUAAAAUGUACAUUUUAUUUUGUAGGUAGUUUAAUUCUUCAAUUUGUCCUGAAACAUCAGAUACAGGAGUUUUAAUGACUAUAGUCGUUGCCUCUAAAAUCACCACCACUUUAUCACUCCAUCCACCAUUUCUUCUUCAUAAUUCUCCCACACCCAUUGCUUCUCCAGUUAUUUUCCAACAUCCCCUGCUUCUUCUUCGUUUGUCUGCUAUUCCCGACUUCAUUUAUUUAUGAAUCAAUGUUUCAGACCCACCAUUACAAUCCCAUGGACCAAAGGCCACAAUGGUCAUUGGGGGAGAGGGGGUGGGGGGAAUUUAAUUUAUGGUGUAUGUCUUUUUUUUCUAGGGUGAAACAACUGCAUCAGUUCCAGAAACUGAUGUCACUGAUGUAACAUUGGAGACACUUCUUAUUCCAUCUCCAACACCUGCACAUGGUGAUCAACAUCAGUCUUCAGGACACACUGAGAGAACAGAUAUAUCGGCUCAGGUAAAGCUAUACGCUUUUUUUUGUUUUGUUCUUUUCCCUGCACAUUCACGCAAACCUAGUCAUUAAAGAAAAUUUAGAUUACUGAAGUCCUGAUAAUCCCUGGCAAAUGAUUUGUGAGAUAUUGUGAAAAACGUAAACACACUCAAUCUUUGUCCACUAUCACAACCAUUGUUUUUGUUUUUAAUUCUUCAUUUGCCGCUCGUAAACAAUGUCGACUUAUAAUGAUCAGGAGUCAAACAUACAAUCAGUACAGCCAGAGCCCAAUAUGUGAAAUGUACAUUUUAUUUUGUAGGUGGUUUAAUUCUUCCAUUUGUCCUGAAGCAUCAGAUACAGGAGUUUUAAUGACUAUAGUCUUUGCCUCUAAAAUCACCACCACUUUAUCACUCCAUCCUCUGUUUCUUCUUCAUAAUUCUCCCACACACAUUGCUUCUCCAGUUAUUUUCCAACAUACCCUGCUUCCUCUUCGUUUGUCUGCUAUUCCCGACUUCAUUUAUUUAUUAAUCAAUGUUUUAGACCCACCAUUACAAACCCAUGGACCAAAGGCAACAAUUGUCACGGAGGGGGGGGGGAAAUAACAACUUUAAAUUAUGGCGUAUGUUUUUUUUCCUAGGAUUCUGGAGCAAGCAAUGAAUAUCCAUGCUUUAAUAAAUUAACGUCGCUAAGCAUAAUCUCAGAAACAACAAAAGAACCCGAUAACAGCGUGCUUCCAGCAUCUGGCAAUAUUGAGCCAGAAUGUCAACUCAGCCUGGAAGACUUCGAUCUUCGCUGUGUGCUGGGUAGAGGAAAAUUCGGGAAAGUAAGUUUAAGCAUGAAUACAAAUACUCUUUCGAGAAAAAGUGUCUUAGCAAAUGCAUUAGAACAGAAUAUUUUUUUUGCGUUUUGUUUGUGUAUCAAAGUGUUUAAAACAUCUACAUUUAACGAAUGUGCUACAUUUAUAUGUAUAAGCCAGUACAUUUUUCUAAAGAGGUCUGUUUUUUUAUUUUAUUUUUAAUCGCAAAAUUUGUCAGUUGGAUACUGUAAUUUUGUCAGACAAAAAAUCCACCACAAUGAUGUAGUUGGAAACGUUUGUCGGAAAGAUAGGUGAAGAUUUGCUAAAUGUAUUUUUUAUAUACAGACUACCCCCAAAAUUGUGAUCUAAACACAAAAAAAGUCUUCAAAGGAAAGAAGCAAAAUAAAAAUGACAGGGCAGAAACAAAAUACAAUUCUGCUGUACCAAACCUGAAUGAAUUGAUGCAAAAUAAGAACACACGCAUACCUUUGUUUUUAAUUUUAGGUGUUCCUUGCUGAACACAAGGACACUGAGAAAAUCUAUGCCCUAAAAGCCCUGAAAAAAGGAGACAUCGUUUCAACAAAAAAGGUCCACCGGUUAGUAAACAGAGCUAUUCAUACCUUAUCCUGUUUUAUUUUAUUUGUUAUGAUUUUUUGGAGAUCAGGGAAAUAAUUGACUUAUUGUUCCUUAUCCAGUCUUAUGAGUGAGAAGCACAUUUUCCAAUCUGUAAGCAGCAUGCGCCAUCCAUUUCUGGUAAACCUGUUUGGUUGUUUCCAGACCACACAUCAUGCCUGCUUUGUCAUGGAAUACACUCCUGGCGGGGACCUUGUUACAAACGUUUACAACAGCAACGGUGCAUUAACAGAGCCCAGAGCGACGUAAGUAUAGGCAGCAUUGUGCCCAUAUUUCUAAACCUGUAAUGCAGUGUUUAGCAGCUGCUGGCAUUGAGGUAGGCAAUAAAUUCCAUAGAGUCUAGUUAGAUUAUUGGGAAAGAUAAUCGUUAUUUUACAUUUACCUGACUGUCCAGGUCCCACGGUCUUUCCAUUCUAUACAACAGAAGAAUUUUAUACUUCUGCAAUAGCAUAACCAACUUUAGUCAAUAUGGACUGGCUGAGAGUCUUACAUUAAAAGUCGCCAUGUCAGACCAUAGAGUGAUGAAGGAUUUGUGGAAAAUAACUUUUCAAUAGUACAAAGAUUGCAUUUUUUAAUCAUCUUAAAAGUAACCAACGCGUUUCUUUUAUUCCCCAUAGAUUUUAUGCUGCUUGUGUUGUGCUUGGCUUGGAAUAUUUGCAUUCCCAAAAGAUUAUCCACAGGUAAGUGUAAAGCACUGCCUGUGCUUAAACCUGUUUUUCUAUGUUAUGAUUUUAAAUGUAACCUUUUUAAAAGCCUAAACUAGGAAACCCAUUAAUACCUGCAUCCAAGUGUCCUCUAGAAUUAUGUAAACAUUAUUAAAAACAUUUUUCUGCAUUUUAAUCUAGGGAUCUUAAAUUAGAGAAUAUACUUGUGGAUAAGGAAGGAUUUGCAAAAAUAACUGACUUCGGUAUUAGUAAGGAAGGUAGAUAUCAUUUUACAUUUAUACAUAGAUAUUUGAUAAAUUAACGAAUGCCUCUGUAACAUCAGUGCUGGCUUUACACAUAUAAAAUUAUAUCCUUAAAAUUCAGCAUAAAAACUAAUGUGUGCUUGUUUCCUAAACAGCGAUUAAGACUUUGAAAAUGUCAAAAUUGCUUUUUUGGUCCUUUUAUCUAGUCCGAUUUUAACACAAAACAUGAUUUUAGUACAAAAACAAACAUGCAAUAUUAAAGUAGAAAAAAUAGCCAAAAUGCUCUAAGGGAAAUAGAUCUAGACAAUGAUUAUACAGAACUGUUAAUUCCACAUUACCAAUGUGGCAGUUGAGGAUAUGGAGAGCAAAAAUUGGUUUCAAACUAAUUCUAAAUGGUUUGACAUAAAACUGGGAUAUGGCGCCAACAGACUUUAGACCACAUGAAGGGACCUGAACUGUAGUGGUCAUAUUGCAAGUUAAUUUACAUAGUGUGCCCUAGCUGUGCCAGGAUAGCCAGGCAUACAAAGGUAAUCAAAAAAUAAAUUACAAUUGUGAAUAAAUCCCACAUUUAAACUUAGCCACAUUCAAACAUAAUCUAAUUCUGUACAUAAUUAAAAGUACAUACACAAAAAGAUAUCAAAAGCACAAAUGAUAAUAUACUUUGUAACAAGGGAUCAUUGAACAAACCAAUAUGUGGAUUAGAUCUCAGGAAAUUACUUUAAAAAAAUGUAACAAGAAAAAAACUAUACAAAAAUAUUCAGCAGCUCUAAUGCACAAAUGCCUAACUGACAGAUGUACGGGCAUGUAACUUAAAGGGACACUAUAAUCACCAAAACAACUACAGCUCAUUGUAGUUGUUCGGUCCCUAUAGACAGGCCCUGCGGGUAUUUUCAUGCAAACACUGACUUUUCAGAGAAAAGGCGGUGUUUACAUUUAAGCCCAGGGACACCUCCAGUGGCCACUCCUCAGAGUGCAGCAGUGUCGUUCAGCAUCUCCAUGUUCUUAAUAGAGAUGCUUUGAUUCACUGCAUCUCUAUGAGGAGAUGGGGAUUGGCCAGGUCGACUUUUGACCCCGCCCCUAGCCCACCUCCUUGGCUGAAAUAAUCAAUUCUGAUGUUAGCCAGAGGUGGAUUGGGGUGGGGUCAGCUCUGGCAGACCCUUGCGGUGCUGGAUAGAGGUUUUAACCCUUUCUAAAGGCUAUGGGUGGGGGAGGGGAGGGUUAAACCACUUAAAUGGUGGUUUUAACACUAUUGGAUCAGGAAUACCCUAUAGUGUUACUUUAAAGGCAGGGAAUGUACAUCUUCAAUUUAAAUAUAAUUAACUUUUGUCUCUCUCUGAGGAAUCGGAUAUGGAGAACGAACCACAAGUCAUUGUGGAACACUAGAUUACAUGGCUCCCGAAAUCCUCAAGCACGAAAGUUACACCAAAGCUGUGGAUUGGUGGAGUCUGGGAGUGCUAAUAUAUACAAUGCUGGCAGGAGUGGUAAGAAUAGUUUAUUAAGAAUUAAUGGACGGAAUCCUGACUCGACAAGCAAAACACUAUAUACCAAUGUGUGUUUAUCAACAAGAUAAUUCAUCAGAUUUAUUUAUUUUUAUUUUAUUUACUUUAGACUCCUUUUGACGGCGAAGAUGAAUUUGAAAAGAUAAAUAACAUCAUCAAUCGCAGAUUCAGCUGUCCGGAGUUCAUGUCUGUCCUGUCUAUAGAAACCAUCGAUGUAAUCGAAGAUGUAUGUUGCCAAUGCACGUUUAGUGUUUUUAACUUGGAUUUUAGAGAGCACAGUGUGGUUGACUAUAAGAGUGUGGGACAGGCAGUUACACACACAUACAGAUCUAGCUACAAAAAGAUACAGAAUAAUGUUAUGUUUGGAGACUCAUUUUGAUUAAAAAAACAGUAGCAAGAGGAAUCAUAGUAAUCAGGACAGUACAUUAUCUGGAUAAAGUGCUUGCAAUUUUGUUUUAAUUUAUUUAUUUAUUUUAAUCAAAAUACCAAGAGCCAUUUUAAGAAAAAAAAAUAUGUUUUUUACAGUUUCUCAACAUAAAUCCAGAGGACCGUCUAGGGGCAAGUGAAUAUGACGCAGAAGAUGUAAAGUGGAAUCCAUUCUUUCAAGUAAGUCCAUUUUGUUCAUCUACCAGCCAUAGGUAUAUAGAGGGGAAUGGUAUAUUCUACCUCAAUCUUGUUUUUAGUUCCAAGUGAAAUUGUCACAUGUCACAUCUGGGGAAACCUACAUUCUAACACCUAAAUAAACAUUAGUUCAUUUGGAUGCUUAUUUAAAUUUAUGUACUUAUGUAUAUUUGCAUUAAAUUCAUGCCCGUGAAGGCAUUAAACGGCCAAUGUAAAAUGUCACCUGUAUUUGCAUGUGUAGGAGCACAGUGAUACAAAUUAUUUAUCUUUGUCAAAACUACUUUCUUCCACUAAUGAAUGCACGUGUAAUCCUAUCCGUUGACUUUAAUAAUGGAUUUGUGAAUUACAUUGUAACUUGUGUAGAAUUUCGUUUUUCACAUUUUUGCCAGUCUAUAUUUUUCAUCUUAAUUUUAUGAUUUAAUGAUGCAUAUUUGUUAUCUUUGUCGAAACCACUGUCUUCCACUAAAAUGUUUAAUUUGUUAAUUUGUUAACAGGAGAUAGACUGGGAUGAAUUAUUAGCUAAGAAUGUGAAGCCCCCCUUUAUACCAACCAUCGAUGGAAUUGAAGAUGUUAGGAAUUUCGAUGAGUAUAAAUCAGAAGAUCCCAUCUUAACACCUCCAAACGGGACUAAGGAACUUACAGAAAAAGAGCAGGAAGAUUUCAGAGACUUUGACUGGAUUGCGAAUUGGUCCUAA